CCUCACGCCGGCCGCCGGGCGGGCGCGCACGCCGAGUGACGCUCGGAGGAGGAAGCGCAGCCCCCUUCCCCUCCCUGGCUGCCCCUGCCCCAGCGGGAGCCCCCCCAGUGCGCCUGUGCGGAGGCCUACUUGAUUAUGUGUGCCCUCUCCGGGCUCCUGCGUUAGCGGCCGGGUGGAGAUGGUCUCUAGCGACCGGCCCGUGUCACUGGAGGACGAGGUCUCCCAUAGUAUGAAGGAGAUGAUUGGAGGCUGUUGCGUUUGCUCAGACGAGAGAGGCUGGGCCGAGAACCCGCUGGUUUAUUGCGACGGGCACGGCUGCAGCGUCGCGGUGCAUCAAGCUUGCUAUGGCAUUGUUCAAGUACCCACUGGACCAUGGUUUUGCAGGAAAUGUGAAUCUCAGGAGAGAGCAGCCAGAGUGAGAUGUGAACUGUGUCCUCAUAAGGAUGGAGCUUUAAAAAGAACAGAUAAUGGGGGUUGGGCUCAUGUGGUUUGUGCCCUGUACAUUCCAGAGGUACAGUUUGCCAAUGUUUCUACCAUGGAACCAAUUGUUUUACAGUCUGUUCCACACGAUCGUUACAAUAAGACUUGCUACAUUUGUGAUGAACAAGGACGAGAAAGCAAAGCAGCCACUGGGGCUUGCAUGACAUGUAACAAACAUGGAUGUCGGCAGGCUUUCCAUGUGACGUGUGCUCAGUUUGCUGGACUACUUUGUGAAGAAGAAGGUAAUGGUGCAGAUAAUGUCCAAUACUGUGGCUACUGUAAAUACCAUUUUAGCAAGCUGAAAAAGAGCAAACGGGGAUCUAAUAGGUCAUAUGAUCAAAGUUUAAGUGAUUCUUCCUCUCACUCUCAGGAUAAACAUCAUGAGAAAGAGAAAAAAAAAUAUAAAGAAAAGGACAAACACAAACAGAAACACAAGAAGCAACCAGAGCCAUCACCUGCAUUGGUUCCUUCUUUGACUGUUACCACAGAAAAAACUUACACGAGCACAAGCAGCAACUCUAUAUCUGGAUCAUUGAAGCGUUUGGAAGAUACCGCAGCUCGAUUUACAAAUGCAAACUUCCAGGAAGUCUCUGCGCACGCAACUAGUGGAAAAGAUGUUUCAGAGGCUAGAGGGUCAGAGGGCAAAGGGAAGAAAUCUUCAGCUCACAGCUCAGGUCAAAGGGGAAGAAAGCCUGGUGGCCGAAAUCCAGGAACGACUGUGUCAGCAGCUAGUCCUUUCCAGCAAGGCAGUUUUUCAGGAACUCCAGGCAGUGUAAAAUCAUCUUCGGGAAGUUCAGUACAGUCUCCCCAGGAUUUCUUGAGCUUUACAGACUCAGAUCUGCGUAAUGACAGUUAUACUCACUCCCAACAGUCAUCAUCAACCAAAGAUGUACAUAAAGGAGAGUCUGGAAGCCAGGAAGGGGGGGUAAAUAGUUUUAGUUCCAUAAUGGGUCUCCCUUCGACCUCAGCUGUUAUUUCACAGCCUAAAAGCUUUGAAAAUUCACCUGGAGAUUUGGGUAAUUCCAGCCUUCCUACAGCAGGAUAUAAACGGGCUCAAACUUCUGGCAUAGAAGAAGAAACUGUAAAGGAAAAGAAAAGAAAAGGAAAUAAACAAAGUAAGCAUGGGCCUGGUAGACCUAAAGGAAACAAAAAUCAAGAGAAUGUUUCUCAUCUCUCAGUUUCUUCUGCUUCACCAACAUCAUCGGUAGCAUCAGCUGCAGGAAGUGUGACCAGCUCUAGUCUUCAGAAAUCUCCCACAUUGCUCAGGAAUGGAAGUUUACAGAGUCUUAGUGUUGGCUCCUCUCCAGUUGGUUCAGAAAUUUCCAUGCAGUAUCGGCAUGAUGGAGCUUGUCCAACAACUACUUUCUCAGAGUUGCUGAAUGCAAUACACAAUGACAGAGAUGACAGUUCUACACUAACAAAGCAGGAACUUAAAUUCAUAGGUAUUUAUAACAGCAAUGAUGUAGCAGUAUCCUUUCCAAAUGUGGUAUCUGGCUCAGGAUCUAGUACUCCUGUCUCCAGUUCUCAUUUACCUCAGCAACCUUCUGGGCAUUUGCAGCAAGUGGGAGCUGUCUCCCCAUCAGCAGCAGCAUCUGCGGCCCCUGCUGCUGCUACAACUCAGGCAAAUACCCUGUCUGGACCUUCUCUUAGUCAGGCACCAUCUCAUAUGUACGGCAAUAGAUUAAAUCCAAAUUCAUCAGUGGCAGCUCUUAUAGUUCAGUCUGAAAACAAUCAAACAGAUCAAGAUCUCGGAGACAAUGGCCGCGGCCUGGCUGGCAGAGGAAGCUCACCCCGGGGAAGUCUCUCGCCACGAUCUCCUGUAAGCAGCUUACAGAUUCGCUAUGAUCAACCAGUCAACAGCAGUUUGGAAAAUCUGCCUCCAGUAGCAGCCAGCAUAGAACAGCUUUUGGAGAGGCAGUGGAGUGAAGGCCAGCAGUUUUUAUUAGAACAGGGUACUCCUAGCGACAUUUUAGGAAUGCUAAAGUCAUUACACCAACUUCAAGUUGAAAAUCGAAGAUUAGAAGAACAGAUUAAAAACUUGACAGCCAAAAAAGAACGUCUUCAGUUAUUGAAUGCACAGCUCUCAGUGCCUUUUCCAACAAUAACAACAAAUCCUAGUCCAUCUCAUCAAAUGCAUGCGUUUUCAGCACAGAAUGCUCCUACAACUGAUUCCUUGAACAGCAGUAAGAGCCCUCAUCUAGGAAACAGCUUCUUACCUGAUAAUUCUCUCCCUGUGUUAAAUCAGGACUUAACCUCCAGUGGACAGAGCACCAGCAGCUCUUCUGCUCUUUCUACCCCACCUCCUGCUGGGCAGAGUCCAGCGCAGCCGGGCUCGGGCGUUAGCGGAGUUCAGCAGGUCAAUGGUGUGACAGUGGGGGCACUGGCUAGUGGAAUGCAGACUGUAACAUCCACCAUUCCUGCAGUGCCUGGAGUGGGUGGAAUAAUUGGAGCUUUGCCAGGUAACCAACUGGCAAUUAAUGGCAUUGUAGGAGCUUUAAAUGGGGUUAUUCAGACCCCUGUCACAAUAUCACAGAACCCUACCCCCCUCACCCACACAACUGUACCACCUAAUGCAACACAUCCAAUGCCAGCCACACUGACUAACAGUGCCUCAGGACUAGGAUUACUUUCUGACCAGCAAAGACAGAUAUUCCUUCACCAACAGCAGUUUCAGCAGUUGUUAAAUUCUCAGCAGCUCACGCCAGAACAGCAUCAGGCCCUUCUGUAUCAGCUAAUGCAACAGCACCACCACCAGCAGCACCACCAGCCUGAACUGCAGCAGCUCCAGAUGCCUGGGCCGGCACAGAUACCGAUUAACAACCUGCUCGCGGGCACGCCGGCGCCGCCGCUGCACCCCGCUACCACCAACCCGUUCCUCACCAUCCACGGCGAUAAUGCAAGUCAGAAAGUAACAAGACUUAGUGAUAAAACUGGGCCCGUCUCUCAAGAGAAAAGUUGACACUUGAGAAACCUCUAGAAAUCGCCUCGCCUGCUGCUCUAGCACUUCAUCUGGCUGCCAUUGCAGCCCUCCUACACCUAUGAAGAAAUGCGACAAGAAAUGAACUGCACAACAAAGGAUUAAUUGCCACAAGGACAUUCUUGUAAGGCUUUGAUUAAUUUUCUUGUUGCUUUGUUGCACUGAAAUGGAAUUCCCAUAUCCCCCAUCCCUCAACCCAGAUUUUUUUGAACUUUGAAAAAAAAUUUAAUAACUAACUUUUGUCAAUGAAAUAAUUUACAUGCAAUGAAUUUAUCAACCUAAGAGAAAUUUAAUAUAGUUGGUGCACAACUCAUUUUGUUAUAAGUUGGAGAGAUGAACAGCAAAACUAAAGACUUGUUCCAUUUAUAAACUUUGAUUUUGUUUUACAAGUUGGAAUAUGAAACACAGUCUUUGGUUUGGUUUACAGUAUGCUUGCUCCGUGAGUCUGAUCUUAAGACAAAUUUUAAGGAACUGUUCAAUUUCUUCUAUUGGAGUUUUAUUGGCUAAAUAUUGCAAAUUAAUAGGUCAUCAACUGGGACUUGGCAAUCUUUGUUAGAAAAAUUUUCUUUAUGAUGGGAUUUGGCCAAUCUUGGUAAUCAAGUUAGGAUGGUAACGUCUGCUUCUGCUAAAGGUAAUUUUCUUUUGCUAAACACUUUUUUUUUUUAAAGUGCUAAGACC